CUAAACUCGCCAACCACGUCGGCGGAGCGGGCAUUAUCGGCCAGUUGGUUGCGGUGGCAGGGUGCCUUCUCGUCGUCGUCAUCGUCGCCGUCGGUCUCCUCGGACUCACGUCGUUCUAUCGGCGUUGAAAAAAUGCGGUUCCCCUGCGCGCUCAUCGCACUCCUGACGCUCUCCGCCGCUACGGCGGAGGUGUAUCUGGACGAGAAGUUCAACGAUGAUUCAUGGGAAAAGAAUUGGGUCUAUUCGGAACAUCCGGGCAAAGAAUUCGGAAAGUUCGUUUCGAGCUACGGAAAGUUCUGGAACGAUCAAGAGAACGAUAAAGGUAUCCAGACGUCGCAGGACGCGAGGUUUUACGCUCUCAGUAGGAAAUUUACUCCGUUUAGCAAUAAGGACAAGACCCUCAUUAUUCAGUUUACUGUGAAGCACGAACAGAACAUCGACUGCGGAGGCGGAUAUGUUAAGGUGUUCGACUGUUCCCUCGAGCAGAAGGACAUGCAUGGCGAAAGUCCUUAUCAGAUAAUGUUUGGGCCAGAUAUUUGUGGGCCUGGGACUAAGAAGGUCCAUGUUAUCUUCAGUUACAAAGGGAAGAAUCUUCUAAUCAACAAGGAUAUUCGUUGCAAAGACGACAUUUACACGCAUUUGUACACUCUGAUCGUCAAACCCGAUAACACCUACCAGGUGCUUAUCGACAACGAGGAGGUUGAAUCCGGCGAGUUGGAGGCAGAUUGGGGCUUCCUGCCUCCGAAGAAGAUCAAGGAUCCAUCUCAGAGCAAGCCUGCCGAUUGGGACGACAAGCCUAGCAUUGAUGAUCCCAAUGACAAGAAACCAGAGGAUUGGGAAAAGCCCGAGCACAUUCCCGACCCCGAGGCCGUUAAACCCGAGGAUUGGGAUGACGAGAUGGACGGCGAAUGGGAAGCGCCCAUGAUCGAUAAUCCCGAUUACAAGGGCGAAUGGAAACCAAAACAAAUUGAGAAUCCCAACUACAAGGGACCGUGGAUCCAUCCCGAGAUCGAUAACCCCGAGUACACGGCCGAUCCCGAGCUGUACAAGCGUGACGAAAUCUGCGCUAUCGGUUUUGACCUGUGGCAGGUUAAGUCCGGUACCAUUUUCGAUAACGUUCUGAUCACCGACGAUCCGGAGAUCGCGCGCAAAUUUGGAGAAGAUGUGUGGAAACCCACUUUUGAAGGUGAGAAGAAGAUGAAGGAAUCGCAGGACGAGGAAGAGAGGAAGCGAAGAGAUUUGGAAGCCAAGGAAAACGAAGAUAAUAAAGAUGAUGAGGACGACGAAGAGGCGGACGAAGAGGAGCAGACUCAACCAGACGAUCAUGAUGAAUUGUAAAUAAGUGUGUCGCGUGUGGACACAAACACACAGACUGUAUUCCAGGAGCUACGUGGUCGCGACACGCACUGUAAAUCCUCCCACAGGCACAAAAUUGUAAUCUAAAGACACACAAUAGCAAGAGUGCAGGAUAAUACCCUCGUCGAUUACGUCGCCCGCCGCAUUGUCCACGAGAGACCGUCACAUUGAAUUCCGUUUUAAUCUUCUGAAGCAAGUCUCACCCGGUUUUUUCAACUCCUGGUGGUGUUUUUGGCCUUGGCAUCGCAGCGCCUAAAACAUUCUCAGCCCUAGAAACUUUCUAUUCGAGUGAGUCUAUUAUCCUGAGAUAUUACACGCUUAGGUCAAGUGAUUGGUAUUUCUGCCAAGUGUGUGCUGGAAUACGGAAAAACAAAUAUAUUAGAAAAUGGAGAAGGAGAAAAGGGAAAAGUGUAGAGAAGAAAGAAACAAGAAGAGAGUCGUCUAAGCCCGUGUCCACCAUCGGCGCAGCUCCACAAAAGACUAAGUUGUUCCGUUUUUGUUUGUCAAGUGUUUUUAUAUACAUUAAAAAGUAAUUGAGAUGUAAUUUAAAUAACACGAUGCUAUUAUAUAUAAUAUAUACAUAAUUUCAAUUUCCGUACAAUGUACGCGCGUAAUUCAGAGAAAAGAGAAAAACUCGCUCCAAUGAUAAAAAAAGGAAAAAACGUAAGAAUGAUAGAUGUGUGCAAAUGUGACCGAGUGAUAAUAAUUGGUAUGAUUAUGUAUCAGAGGCAGUCCAAUAAUCGUGUAAUAAAAUAAAUAAGACUUUUAUAGA